AUGGCGUCAAGCUCGGUGCCGCAAGGUCGGCCGGAAACAGAGCGGCCGCAGCUGCUCUUGCUCCGCCCGCCCUCUGCAGCCCUGGACGAAGUCCUCUCGGCGCGGUUCGAGAUCCUGAAAUCGUGGGAGUCGCCGCUGCCCCUAGACCGCUUCCUCGCCAGCCACGCCGCCGACGUCCGCGCCCUGCUCGUCAUCGACCUCUUCACCGUCGACGGGCCCCUCCUCGACGCCCUUCCCGCCCUCCGCUUCGUCUGCACCACCAGCGCCGGCGUCAACCACAUCGACCUCGCCGAGUGCGCCCGCCGCGGCAUCGCCGUCGCCAACGCCGGCACCGUCUUCUCCCAGGAAGUCGCCGAGUAUGCCGUCGGCCUACUCAUUGAGGUUUUACGCCGGGUGUCGGCGUGCGACCGGUACGUCCGCCGUGGUCUGUGGCCGCGUGGUGGCGACUACCCUCUCGGCUCCAAGUUGGGUGGGAAGCGGGUCGGCAUUGUAGGGCUGGGAAGUAUUGGAUCUGAAGUAGCUAAAAGGCUGCAAGCUUUUGGUUGUCCAAUCUCAUACUUCUCAAGAUGCAGAAAGCCACAAUUUCCAUACACAUACUUCCCCAGCGUUGCUGAUCUUGCAGCUCAAAGUGAUGUGCUAGUUCUAGCUUGUGCUCUUACCCAUGAGACACACCACAUCAUCAACAAGGAUGUUAUGGCAGCACUGGGGAAGGAUGGGAUCGUCAUCAAUGUGGGCAGAGGAGCUCUUGUGGACGAGGCAGAGUUGGUGAAACGCCUGAUGCGAGGCGAGAUCGGCGGUGCCGGUCUCGACGUGUUCGAGCAUGAACCUGCUGUUCCAGAGGAGCUCUUUGGCGUGGAUAAUGUAGUGCUUUCACCUCAUGUGGCCAUGCAAACAUUCGAGUCGUCUUCCGACCUCUGUCAGCUGACUGCAGCUAACUUGGAGGCCUUCUUCUCCGACAGACCAUUGCUGACACCUGUUUCAUUGCCAGCUUGA